GGACGCCGCUGAUGCGCAUGCGCUAAACUCUUCAUUUCAAAACAAUCAUCAUCACUUGCAUCUCAAGAUUGUCUUUGUAUUUAAACUCAACACACCUUUAAAAUUCAUCUUUUCGUCUCUGGGACUUGAAACAUAAAGCGAGGUUGAAUGUGUAAUGGACACAUACUGCAGUGAUGAUCAGUCUGAUGCUGCCAGACAACAAGAGAGACACUAUUACCUGCUGUCAGAGCUGCAGGCGCUCGUGAAGGACCUGCCCAGCUCGUUUCAGCAGCGUCUGUCGUACACUACACUCAGUGAUCUGGCUCAAGCGCUCAUCGACGGGACGGUGUAUGAAAUAGUGCAAGGCCUGCUGGACAUUCAACACCUGACGGAGAAAAACCUCUAUAACCAGAGACAGAAACUACACAGCGAACACAGAGCACUCAAGCAGGAUUUGGUUCGGAAACACAAACAGGCUCUGCAAACGUGCAAGUCUCAUAAUUUGGCCGUUUUGAAAACCAAUCAGCGAGCCGAAAAUGAGGCUCUCGAUCAGCGAGUGAAAGAAGAGCAGAGGAUGAUGGAUGAGAAGAUCGUGGCUGAAAUGGAUCAGAAGGUUCUGGAUCAACAGAACACGCUGGAGAAAGCGGGCGUAUCGGGUUUCUACAUCACCACCAACCCGCAGGAGGUGAUGAUGCAGAUGAAUCUGCUGGAGCUGGUCCUGAAGCUGCAGCAGAAAGAGACUGUUUCUGGAUCUCUGCCCUGAGACCCUCGCCUGCCUGAUCUCCGAUGGUGUGGAAAGCUGAAUGAUUACAGUAGGACGUCAGACCUUCAAAAGUGUUGGAGUCUCUUUUUGUUGACAUUCAUGUGGUGAUGAUGAAAGGUCAUGACCCUGGACAAGACUGAAAAAGUGCCCACAUGAACUUUCCUUUUGACAUUAAAUAUUGUUUUUUAGAUUCUGAUUGUUAUGAUUUGUGUUCUAUGUUAAGCAACUGUAUUAUAAAAAUGAAAACUGACAGUGUGUUUGUUUGAUUUAUUUAUUUUUCAACAGGAUUUGCGUUAUUAAAUCAGAUCAAGCUUGA